CUUUAACCUUGUCAGUAAAUUAAGCAUGAAGGCGUUUAGACCAGCUGCUUUCUGACACUGCGCCAAUCCUUUAAAUCAAAAUAAAAAAAAGCAUAUUUCCAUUUUUUUUUAAAUAAAUCUUAUUCAUAUAUAUUUCAGGAAGUGAUUCUUUAGUGUUUUUUCAGUAUUUCUGGAGCUUGAUUUGCCCCAGCAGCGGCUAUAACUUUUAGCGCAUCAAAUAUUUACCAGCGCUGGGACUCAUAAACACAUCUUCAGUGGGACGCUCUGAUUUCACGCCAUAUCACAAACAUUUUAAGGCUUUCCUGCCACCGACUGUCAUUUUUGGCGUGUUAAUAAUAAAUCCUGAUUUCAUGGGCAGACAUACUUUGGCACUCAUGGCGCAUGAAUAGGUAAACAACGCGGGUAAAGGUAAAUACCCCUGACAGGAAAAAACAAUCCAAAUAUUUUUUUUUUAUUUAUUUGAACGCAUUUCUUCCUUUAUGUGAAGUCGGAGCUCACUUCUUUCCUGAUAUGUAUCAGGCCCAUGUCACAAUGAAAACAAGUCACUUUGCGCUCCUUCCUAAUUAAGAGCUGUCUAAUUAAAUUACAGCCUGGAGUUAACCAAUGACAGCACUUGUUUCAUUAGCAAAGAGAGGAGAGGAAAAAAAUCCUCCCUGAUUGCAGAAUGGUGUCAAUUGGCUAAUUUGCCGCCUUCCAUACUUCAAGUCAUCCGCGAGGCGUUUUCACAAGAUUAGGAAAGGCGUGUGCAAAAGCCUGUGAUAUAGGUUGAGCUAAUAGUUGCUUCCCAUUGAGCUAUGCAGGUUGAGAACUGCAACCCGCUGGCGAGUGAUCUCUCCAAGAAAUUUAUAAGUGUGGGCAGUGGCUUUCCGAGCUCCAAUGGAUCGGAGCUUUCGUUGCAGGACCAUCCUAUUAUAUCUGCAAGUGACAACCUGGAGAGAGGUUCACCUCUGAAAAAAAACUCCAGGGAGAUGACGAAUCAGUCAGAGGCAGACAAUUUUCCCGACUCCAAGGACGCAUCAGGGGACGUCCAGAGGGGCAAACUCUCUCCUGAUCUUCACGGAGUCUCUGACAUCCGUCAUAAUUUCGAUGGAUCUGCAGGAGAAAGGUGCAUCUUUUCUCCGUCUACCCAGCCGCAGUCAGUUUCAGCAGCAGCAGCCGCCGCCAGUGCCAUGUUUCCCUACCCGAGCCAGCACGGACCCGCGCACCCGGCUUUCUCCAUCGGGAGCCCCGGCCGGUACAUGGCCCAUCAUCCCGUCAUCACUAAUGGACCGUACAACAGCCUUUUAACCAACACCUCUCCUCAGGGCUACCCGGCAGCGGGUUACCCUUACGCGCAGCAAUAUGGACACACGUACCAAGGGGGGGCUUUUUACCAGCUAUCCUCGGCGCAGGCGGGACUGGUUCCGGGUAAAGCGCAGGUGUAUCUGUGCAACAGGGCCCUGUGGCUGAAGUUUCACAGACACCAGACAGAGAUGAUCAUCACAAAACAAGGACGACGGAUGUUUCCUUUUUUGAGCUUUAAUAUUUCUGGCCUGGACCCAACAGCUCACUACAAUAUUUUUGUGGAUGUAAUCCUCGCUGACCCAAAUCACUGGCGCUUUCAAGGUGGAAAAUGGGUGCCAUGUGGAAAAGCAGACACAAACGUCAUAGGCAACAGGGUUUACAUGCAUCCAGACUCUCCAAAUACUGGUGCGCAUUGGAUGCGUCAAGAAAUCUCCUUUGGAAAGCUGAAGCUCACAAACAACAAAGGUGCCUCCAACAACACUGGGCAGAUGGUGGUUCUGCAGUCUCUCCACAAGUACCAGCCCAGGCUCCAUGUGGUGGAAGUGAACGAGGAUGGCACGGAGGACACCAGCCAGCCAGGAAGAGUGCAGACUUUCACCUUCUCGGAGACGCAGUUUAUCGCCGUCACGGCGUACCAGAACACCGAUAUCACUCAACUAAAAAUCGACCACAAUCCCUUUGCUAAAGGAUUUCGGGACAAUUAUGACACUGUCUACACAGGCUGCGACAUUGACCGCCUAACUCCAUCACCGGGUGACUCUCCGCGUUCACAGAUCGUGCCGGGUGCGAGAUACGCCAUGCCUAGCUCUUUCCUGCAGGACCAAUUUGUCAGCACUUAUGCCAAAUCUCGCUUUCACCCUGGCGUGGGGACCGCUCCUGGCACGGAGCGCAACGUCCCACUCGGCAACAGCUUGCUGUCUCCUCAGCAAGCCGAGGAGCCCACUGUUGCCACCCCCCCGCAGCGAUGGUUUGUCACCCCUGCCAACAACCGACUGGACUUUGCAGCCUCGGCAUACGACGCCGCUGAUUUCGCCGGUAACGCGGCCACCUUGCUGUCCUACGCAGCGGCCGGAGUGAAGGCUCUCCCCCUGCCGACGGCGGGCUGCUCCAACCGGCCUCUUGGCUAUUACGCAGACCCGUCUGGCUGGGGAGGACGCACGCCGCCGCAGUACUGCGGCGUCAACAGCAAGGCCAGCUCGGUCUUUUCCUGCUGGCCCGCCAACACCCUCGGGGGCCGGUCAGGAAGCAGCUACCUGCAGGAGGAGGGGGACUCCAUCAGCACGGAGAGGUCGCCCAUCGGUGGCGCGGAGGAGAGCAAAGCCAAAGACAUCACAUCCGAGUCCAGCUGGAUAGAGACGCCGUCCUCCAUCAAAUCCAUCGAUUCCAGCGACUCUGGGAUCUUUGAACAGGCCAAACGGAGGAGAAUCUCCCCCACGGCCACGCCGGUUUCAGAGACUGUGUCCCCGUUAAAGUCUGAGCUGCUGGCACCGAGGGAGUGUGACAAAAACUGUACAAAAGACAUCGGUUAUUACAGUUUCUACUCUCACAGUUAGGAAUCUAUCUAUCUAUCUAUCUAUCUAUCUAUCUAUCUAUCUAUCUAUCUAUCUAUCUAUCUAUCUAUCUAUCUAUCUAUCUAUCUAUCUGACCGUUUCAUCUUUACAUCCAAAGUGUAAAUUUUUUUGGUUAUGACAUAAACUGUUACUCAGACUUGCUGUAAUUAUGGAUAUAAUGUAUAGAUAAUAAUAAUAAUAAUAAUUGGCAUUUGUGAUAGUGACUGGAUGUCCACGACAUAAAUAUGAUCCCCUAUAGUGUCUGACAGAGCCAGUUGUCCUGUUUGAAGUAGCCUAUAAACUGUUAGUAUAACUUUAGGAAUCUGUACAUGAAAUGUUUUUUUUUUGUGUGUAGCAGAAACUGACUAUUUGUCAGUUUUUUGGGAGGGAAAAUGUAUUUUUAAAUUAUUUUAAAGCUGUGGCUGAAGCUACAGAAAGUUUAAGCGAUGAUCUCCUUCCCUUAUGUUGGUUAAAGAAGUUGUCAGUGUUUGUAGACAUGCAGGGUCUCUUCUUCUCCUUUAUUUGGGGUUUUUUGCUUGACGUUGUGGAAAUUCUCUGUAUGUGCUGUGAUGUGGAUGAAACUUAAUAAACGGUGUUCCCUCCAAUCAGGGAACACUUUACUUAAUCCAAAUGGAUCAAAUUGAUUCUUUUUUUUUUGAAUUUAUAACUUGCAAACAUGGUUUUAUUUUGACAUUUUCAUAUCAUGCACAAAUCAUUUUACGCCCAGAUAUUUUGUGAAAUAAAUGUGAUCAUAUCUCUACAACAUAUUUUUUUUCAUACAAGUGUAAAAUAAUACAUAAAAUUAUUUAUAUCAAAGGAUGAAAAUUGGCUGGAUGCGCUCCACGCGCGCACUCCAGAGUGAGCAAAACUCCCAUGCAGCUGUCAGAGGAAAAAGCCUCUUCGAGGCCUCGCUGCGGUUUAUGCUCAUUAUUUAUUAUUAUGAAGCCUUUCCAGCCAUAAACAUCAGAUGGUGACAACUGUAAGCAGAUUCUGUAACCAGACAGCUUUCAUCUAUUGUGGGACCAGAGGCGGAGGAGCGAUUGAUUAAUUUUUAAUUGCAUAUGAGGUGUUUGUUACCUUUGGAUUGGGGUUGUGCAGUGGCUGCACUGAACACUAGAUGGCGACAUUUCACUAAAUGAUUCUUGGACUUUGAUGCAAUGAUUUAAAUGUAAAAAAAUAAAAUAAAAUAAA